GUGAGGCUGGCAGGUGCCAGUUUGGGAUGUAGGCCAGUCUGAGAGAGGUCCUGGUGGCUCCCUGAGCACCACUGUGGGCGUGCCCCGCAGAGGUGAAGGAGGUGGCUGCAGCCGGGACAGAAAAAGUGUUCCGAGAAUUAAUUACGUAUGCGAGCGGCAAGGAAGAAAAAGGAAAUAGUCAAGUGCCAGUGGGAGCAAUGUGUAACAUCUGAGGCAAUCACUGUAAGUGCUGAACGCCUGGCCUUAAGAACUGGUCGAUGCGGUUUGUCACUAGGGCUGCGUGUGGAGGCCGGGGAACAUCAGAGGCUUGUGGCUCUUAUGGUUUCCAAGGAAUAUGAAUUAAGGAAAAGAGAAAAAGACCAACUGAAGUAGCUCUGGACAGCAAUCAAACCCAUUUGAGGUGAUUCCCGGGACAAGCCUUGGCAGCCUGAACAUCCUGGAAGCUUCCAAGGGAAGGAGGAACCACUGAAUUAGAAUCUGACAGCACGAAAAGAUUGCUGGGUUUUUUUCUUUUUAUGAUUGAUGUGACUUGGACAUCGUUGAAGAACAAAGUAGAAGUUGUAUGCAGUUCUCAUAAGCUGAGGGAAUGGCAGACCUGACCCCAACACACAUCAGCUGGCAGCCAUCAGUGAACGCAGCCAGCCACCACACUGACAGAUAUGCCAACACUGAGCUGACUGUGAGGCGAGGACAAGCCUUCAACAUCACCCUGUACUUCAACAGACCGAGGCAGAACGGGGAGAGCCUGGGAUUUCUCACUGAAAUAGGACCAUCCCCCUCGGAAUCUCAUCGCACAAGGGCAGCCUUUAACCUCUCUGAGGCCGUGGGCAGUGGCUGGAGUGCUGCCCAGGGACCCAGUGACUCUGGAGGCAUCACCUUCACCAUAUCCAGCCCAGCCAACGCUGUCAUUGGGAGGUACAACCUCUCCCUGCUGGUCACCUCGGGCAACAAGAUUGUCUCCAGAUACCUGGGCCAGUUUGUGUUACUCUUCAACCCUUGGUGCCCAGGUGACGAUGUCUACAUGUCCAAUGAAAAUGAGAGACAAGAAUAUGUCCUAAAUGAAAAUGGCAUAAUCUUUGUGGGCAAUGCGAGGUACAUGGAAGCAAGAGGGUGGUAUUAUGGACAGUUCCAGGACCUUCUAAACAUUUGUCUCACCAUGCUUGAUCUGAGCCUGUACUACCGUCAGGACCCGGCCAUGGAUGUGUCACGGAGAGGAGACCCCAAAUAUGUGGGCAGAGUAAUCAGCUCUAUGAUCAAUGGAAACGAUAACGACAACGGAGUUCUCCUGGGAAAGUGGCAAGGGAGUUUCCACUCUCAUGAGAACCCCUCCAGGUGGGAUGGCAGCGUGGUGAUCCUCAAGAAGUGGCGUCAGGACAAUUACAGGCCAGUGCAGUACGGCCAGUGCUGGGUCUUUGCAGGUGUGAUGUGCACAGUUUUGAGGUGCUUGGGGAUUCCAACUCGUUUGGUUUCAAAUUUUAACUCUGCCCAUGACGUGGAUAGAAACCUGAGUAUCGAUAAGUACUAUGACAGCUCUGGAAGGAGUCUUAAUAUCGGCAAGGAUUCCACAUGGGAUUAUCAUGUCUGGAAUGAAAGCUGGUUCAUUCGCCCAGACCUGGGAAGAUCCUACAGUGGGUGGCAGGUUUUAGAUGCAACUCCACAAGAACAGAGCAGAGGAAUUUUUCAGUGUGGCCCUGCAUCUGUCUUAGCCAUCAAAGAAGGUGAAGUGGAUCUGGAUUACGACACCUUGUUUGUGUACUCAGAGGUGAACGCCGACUGCAACAGAUGGAUUGUGUACAAUGAUGGGACCAAGAAAAGAGUUUAUUGUGACACUGAAAUCAUUGGCAGGUCCAUCAGCACCAAAGCUGUGGGCAGCAAUGGCCGUGUGGAUAUCACUGCUAGCUACAAAUACCCAGAAGGUUCUUCUGAGGAGAGACAAGUCUAUAGAAAGGCCCUGGCAAAGAUACUGGGGACCAGUAUCACAGAGGGACGCACAGACUCUCCUGGGGGAAGAUCUUCAGAGACGCUGAGAAACCCUGGCAUCGCUGGGAAAUUCAAGCUGGCUGAACCUCCAGUUUUUGGCAAAGACAUUAACCUAAUCCUGGUGCUCACCAACCUCUCCUCCGACCGCAAGAGCGUCAGGGUGGACAUGAGUGCCUCCACCAUCCUGUACACCAGGAGAGCAGUGGCAGAGAUCCUUAAGGCAGCCACUUCUGUGGAGCUUGGUCCCAAACAAGGGAAGCAUAUCCGGGUUAAGAUCCCUUAUACUCAUUAUGGAAGAUAUCUGACUACUGACAAAAGGAUCCAAGUCACUGCUCUGUGUGAAGUCCUGCGCACAAACGGGCUGAAGCUGCUGGUGGAGAAGACAAUCUUUUUAGAGGACACAAACAUCAUCAUUAAGCUGCCCCGGAGGGUGGUGGUGAACAGGGCUGUGUCUCUGGAGAUCUCCUACGCCAACCCGCUGCCGGAGCCCGUGAGCCGCUGCGUGCUGCUGGUGACGCUCAUGAACCAACAGGUCAAGAUAAAUUUGGCACGACUGGCACCAAGGGAGAGAUCAAAAAUUUAUUUUGAGUUCACACCUCGGAGGGCUGGGCCCCUACAGCUGCAAGUUGACUUCUCUUGUGACAAAUUUUCACACGUUAAGGGAUUUGUAACAAUUGCAGUAGCACCUGCAUAAUGUGAUGGAAUCAACCUUCCAUUUCAGCAUAAACACAGCAAGACACUCUCCUCUGUAUAGGGACAGUAAUGACAGAAAGGAACUUUGCACAAAAUUGGUGACCUCUUACAUUGCAAUAGAAUCAAGUCUGCUUUCAUGGUGCUUAAUUAUUUAGUCUUUAAUUGUAUUUCUCUCCCCUCCUAUCCCCUGACAAAAGAAAACAAUGAAGCCCCUUCUUUGUAGAAAUAGUUUCACUAUUUUCAAAUCUCAUUCUUUUAAGCUCCUAGUUUUGACUUCUCCCUCAGAUAAAAAAUACAAUCUCUUUUCAACCACAUUCUAAUUGUCAGCAAUAAAUAAAAAAAAUUCUCAAAUGUAUUGUUUUGUAAUGAUUUAUA